CGCUAUCCAAUAGUCUCUUUCAUACUCGGGGACGUUCCGCGGUCUUCUUUGAUAUUAUUAAACGUGAAGGCGGGUCGAUGAACGAAUUCGGCAAAAAAUGACGGUCAAUUAUGCAAUACGAUACAUUAUUGACAAUCCGUAAACACGGAUUUGUGUUGGAAAACAAAGAAGGGACGUUUUAAACGAAAAAUGUCGUAAAAGGCAGGUUAGCGUGUUGUGUUUGUUUUCGGUGUUUCGGUGGAAACGAUGGCCAACUCCCCGACCAGUAUAGAAACACAAAUAGACAGUUUUUUGGAGCAAUUUAAGAGGAGUGCGUCUAAAGCGAUGGAGGAGAGGAUGGAGUGGCCUGAUGGUCCGUCGCCAGGUGGAGUCGUCAAGUCUCGCAGUAGCUGCUUCGCCCUGGACGCAGCAGCUGAAGCGGAGUGCGAUGGUUGCGGCGGCGACGGCGACGAGGGCCGCAAUGUCAGCGAGUUGCUGCUACCGCAGUAUGCGCUGGCCACCGGCGGCCUGGCCAGGGACCACCGGCCUCUCAUCACCUUCCCCGACAACAACAACUUCCACAUCAUCACCCCCUCGGAGUACCGGCGGCUGCUGCUUUACCUCACCUCUGUGCCCUCGUUAUUGGAAGCAGACAUGGGCUUCCACAUUAUAAUAGACCGAAGAAAAGAUCGAUGGAACUCCGUCAAAACAGUAUUAUUAAGGAUCUCAGAAUUCUUCCCAGGGAUAAUUCACGCUGUGUACGUUCUUCGGCCAGCAAGUUUCCUGCAGAAGGCGCUGUCAGAAGUCAGUAGUAAAUUAUUCAAAGAAGAGUUCAGGUUCCGGGUGCUAGUCUGUUCGUCGGUUGAAGAGUUGUACGAACACUUUGAUAGGUCACAACUGACGCCGGACCUGGGUGGGGAACUGCAGUAUUCACACGCAGAGUGGAUACAGCAGCGGAUAGCACUAGAGAAAUUUUCUACAUUAAUGAAGGAAAUCUCAAGCAAAUUGGACGAGUUCAUGCAUGAGAUUGUAGACUGCGAUAUGGGAAACGACCCGACACAAACCAAAGAUUUAUUAGACUGUCAGGAAAAUAGGUAUAAAGCUUUAAAAACUGAACUAACGUCGGCAACGUCGCAAGGCGAAGAGUUACUGACGCAAGUGCGGAAACCAAACCUUACUUAUAAUAUUAUCAGUCAUGUCGCUGCGGUUGAGAGAUUACUGGUGCAACUGGAGGAGACUGAGAAACAAUUCGACUGUUUCUGGCAAAAACAUUCCACAAAGUUAAACCACUGGCUCAAAUUCAGAACGUUUUUAUUAAACUUUAAACAGAUGCAGGCUACUUUGGACAAUCAUCUAAAAGCAGCGUGCGAUAUGACGGAGGUGGGCGAAACUGCAAUCAGAGUGGACAGCCUUUUACAAGAAGCUGGUGACUUUGAGAAACUCUGCAAUUGUGAUCUUGAUACUGCAACCUCGGUUAUUGAAGACGGUGAAAAAUUAAUGGAAGACCCGCUAAGUCAAGUCGACCACAUAGAAUCAAAAUGCGAGGAACUACGACGAACGAGUGCUUUGCUAUUGGAUAAAAUACAGAAACGAAAUCUACUUCUGACCAAAGCCAGAGAACUCAUGGACAGGAUAGAUAAGGCGAACGAAUGGUGCGCAACUGGAGUCGAGAUCCUGGCCGGGGAAGGAGGUCUGAUAGCCGUAGACAAACUCUUGGAAGAUGCCACCAGCUUCGGCCUCACCGCGCCCGAUCAGUUCCGGGACAUGCUGAUGCAGUCAGCUACACAGGAGACCAGGGCACUUGUUACACAGGUGGCACAAAGAGUAGAAGACGUAUGGCUGAUGGUGUCCGUGAAGCGAGCGUCCUUGCAGCGCGCGGCCGCCAAGCCGGCGCGGCCCGUGCAGUCCGUGCCGCCGCAGAGUGCCGCCAUACCCGCCACCAACCACCAGAUGGAGACGUCGGGAGGGUCAGAGAGUUCUGGCGGAGAAGAUGCAGAGGCGCGGCGGUCGCGGCGCGGCCAUGUGCUCGCCGAGCUCAUGCAGACCGAGCGAGUCUACGUGCAGGAGCUCGGCUCCAUACUAGCUGGGUACAAAGAAGAGAUCGAAAAGCCAGAAAAUCAGCACUUGUUGCCUGCAGCACUAGUGGGCCAGGCCGACGUAUUGUUCGGCAACCUACACGAACUGUUCACAUUCCACCAGGACGUGUUCCUCAAGGAUUUGGAAAAGUCGAUAUCUGCCACGGAACUCGUUGCCUUAUGUUUUGUUGAAAAGAGGGACACAUUCUUCCGGCUAUACAGCUACUACUGCCAAAACAUCCCGCGGUCGGAGCGACUACGCGAGACACUAGUGGACACACAUCUAUUCCUGCAAGCAUGUCAGUUGCGCCUUGGACACAAGCUGCCACUAGCCGCCUACCUUCUCAAGCCUGUGCAGCGGAUAACCAAGUACCAGCUACUGCUAAAGGACCUACUCCGGUAUAGUGAAUGCGGAUCAAUGACUACAGGCCUGCAGUCAGCACUGGACUGUAUGCUCGUCGUACUCAAGUGCGUCAAUGACUCCAUGCAUCAGAUCGCCAUUACUGGCGUCCCGCUGGACAUAAGCCAGCAAGGCGAGCUGCUGAUGCAGGGCUCGUUCCUCGUGGUGUCGGAGAACAAGCGUGACCUGCGCUUACGCAUACGACCGCGUCGCCGACACAUCUUCCUCUACGAAAAGGCCAUGCUAUUCUGCAAGCCUGCUACCAAGAACAGUCACAAUAAAGCGACAUACCAUUUCAAACAUGACUUACAGAUGUCACAAAUCGGUCUGACGGAGUCGGUGAAGGGCGACCCGCGCAAGUUCGAGGUGUGGCGGCAGGGUCGCGCGGAGGUGCACACGCUGACGGCGGCGAGCGCCGACGUCAAGCGCGCCUGGGUGGAGCGCGUCAAGCGCGUGCUGCUCGACCAGCUCAACGAGCUCAAGGGCGAGCGCGUGCGCCAGUACAGCGCGCAGCACAGAACACUAAUACAAACGAGUUCAUGGGACCUGGGCCCGCCGAGCCAGCCGCAGAAGGCGAGCGCCGUCCCCAACCCGACGCGCACGGCGUCGUGUGAGGCGCACGACGAGCCGUGCUGGUCCACCGACCCCUCCGACGACGACGACGACGAGCCCGAACACCCGCCGGCGGUGGGGUGCGCGCUGGUGGCGCUGUCGGACUACACGGCCGUGGGGCCCAGCGAGGUGUCCCUGCGCGACGGCCAGCACGCUGAGCUGCUCAAGGUGGGCUGCGCCGGCUGGUGGUACGUGCGGCUCGCAGCGGGUCAGGGCGAGGGCUGGGCGCCUGCGGCGUACCUGGACCAGCGCAAGACGUCGCGCUCGUCGAGCCGCUCGCACGACCGCCUGCACGACCACUGAGCGCCGCGCGACUCACCAGCCUGUCGCAGGACAGUACGCUGUGCUCCUACUCCUUACCCCCUCGGUUCCCCGACCUCUACUAGAUCAGUUAGCUUCUAAUAUGGAUAUGUCUAGAAGACGAGUCCUACAUUUACCUGGUAAAUUUUUAGACCAAGUGCCUCAACAUGUCUUCUUCAUAAUCAUAUUCGAUUAAAAACGAUCCUAAGGGUGUAGAUCUUAAAGUUGUUUUCAGCACCAGUAGCGAACGCCCCGAACCCCACUUGUUAAUAUUUUUCAAUGUAUGUAAAUGUUGUUCUAAAAAGCUUUAUUGUAAAUUAGUUUUAGCCCAAACGUGUUGUCGUUACGAUUAUCCAAAGCUAUAUAUAGUGGCGUAGGACGUUGUUAAGUAGCUGUGACUGGUAUCGUAUCAUUUCUGUAUAUAAAUCUACGUUUAUUUUUAACUAUAGUUAUUUAUUUGAUAAUAGUUGAGCUUUCGGUGUUCUUUCGUGUUAACGUCUUAAUUCCCCAUGACAGAGUCUGUAUAGAACUGUUUUCCCUUUGUAGGGACCGUACAUUGGUAUAUUUACAACUAUCAUUCGUCAGUUAUCCUAAGACUUAAGACAUGUCUAAUUUAUGAUUGAUAGUUUUCAUAUCAUUCUAUACUUACAAUAUACCUAUCAGUGUCCUAAUACACUACUUGGUGCAAAUGGUUUGUACCUGGCGUUAGAUGGAAUAUCUUCAUAAAUUAUGAGAAAUUUAAAUACAUAUUAGCAUAAUAAAAUACCAACCUACUUCGAGGAUUGCACAUAAAUGUUAAUGUGUUUGCUAGUCGGCGUGAAUAUUUUUACGAUCAUGUAACUAUCAUUAGCAUAUCGUGAAAUGUCAUUUGCUUUUUUAUAUUUUUUGAUUAUAUCACUUUUUUAUUUCGGUACUGUCUCAUUGUUGUAUUAUAAAGUCAAAUCUACAUAUAAAUUGUACCUACAUACCUACUAUUAUAAUAAAUUGUUCUUUUGUAUAAAAUUACGUUUAUACUUAUUGAAAAUGAUCACAAUUACACUGAAUCGGUCCAUUUA